AUGGGAUCGAAGACUCCUCAAAAUGGCGACCACGGAGGUUAUGGAGAAGCAAACAGCCCCGUUGAGACCAACCGUGCUGGCGGCGAGCCCCGUGGUACACACACCUCGCGAGAUGGAGAUGGCUGUCUCGGAGACGCAGGCGGCGAGGGUGACAGUGAUGACGACGACGAUGGCGCCGACAAGGAAACGAGCCUGGCCACGCUAGAACCUCCAUCGUCGAUCGUGGGUGCAACCACUGAUGCACCCAAGAAACGAAAGAAGCCAAAGCUUAAGAAAAAGAAGAAGAACAAGGCUCCUGAAGGUGCAGCAUCCUUGCAUUUAAAGCAGUCUUCGCCGCCACGAAUCCCGCUUAGCGACCUUUUCCCUAACGGUGACUACGCUGAGGGCGAAGUACAGCUCUACACCAGAGGUCCCAAGGCUGCGGCUGAAGCGCGCUACGACGAUCUUCGACGCUCGCAUGAUGCCGUUUUUCUUCAUAAUUACCGCAAGGCGGCAGAGGCGCAUCGCCAGACUCGGCAAUGGUUACAAGACACCGUCAAGCCCGGCGAUAAGUUGAUGGACGUGGCCAAUGGAAUCGAUGACAGCGUGAGAGCGCUCCUGGGCCACGCUGGCCUGGAACCCGGCGACGGUCUCAAGGCCGGCAUGGGCUUCCCGACGGGUCUUUGUCUCAAUAACCAAGUCGCUCACUACACGCCCAACCCUGGCCAGAAGGACGUGGUGAUCCAGCAGAAGGAUGUCUUGACGGUCGAUUUUGGCGUCCACAUCAAUGGCUGGAUCGUGGAUAGCGCAUUCACCAUGUCGUUUGAUCCGGUUUAUGACAAUCUCCUGGCCGCGGUCAAGGACGCCACUAACACCGGUGUGAAGACCGCUGGAAUCGACGUUCGCAUAUGUGAUGUUAGCGCCGCGAUCCAAGAAGCCAUGGAAUGCUACGAGGUCGAAAUCAGCGGCAAAACGUACCCUAUCAAACCCAUUCGAAAUCUCUCUGCGCACAAUAUUGGUCAUUAUCAUAUCCAUGGGGGAAAGUCCAUUCCGUUCGUCAAGAAUUCAGACACGACCAAGAUGGAAGAGAAUGAGGUGUUUGCCAUUGAGACCUUUGGUACGACCGGUCGCGGCUACAUCUAUGAUGAUGCUGGAAUCUACGGCUACGGACUCAAAGAAGAUGCGCCGUUGAAGGUGUCGCUUCCUUUGGCGUCCGCCAGACGCCUACACAAGACUAUCCGAGAGAACUUUGGCACUCUGGUCUUUUGUCGUCGGUACAUUGAAAGACUUGGUGUGGAUCGAUACCUGGCUGGUAUGAAUAGUCUCAUAUCGCACGGCAUCGUCGAAUCAUAUGAACCUCUCCGUGAUAUUCCCGGCUCGUACUCGGCACAGUUCGAACAUACCCUCAUCUUGCACGAGACUCAUAAAGAGAUUCUCAGUCGUGGAGACGACUACUGA